AUGGCUGAGGUGACAGAGCCAGCUAUCAAUCACUUACUGAUGUCGAUCCCCAGCCUCGUUUCUAUCAUAUUUUUAUUUCAUUAUCGUGUACUUGCUUCGAAUAUUCUUGUAUGGAGUCCACGAAUCGGUCUCAGUCACGUCAAUUUCUUGGGAAACAUUGCUGAUAUACUCACCACAGACGGGCACAAUGUGACAAUAUAUGCAUCCAAGCUUGAUCCUCAUAUUACGACAUUUGGCAAUCGUCUAUCAGCGCACACAAUUCUUUUUGAAGCAGAAGGAGUCGCCACUAAAUGGCUUGAUUUGGAUAUGAAAGGUCCCUCGAUAUGGGACUCUCCUCCAUGUGAUGGAAUGUGCAUGAAAUGGAGCGACUUUGAUCAAGUCAUAGAGCAUACAUACAAAACAUGCAUUGCUCUUCUGAAAGACCAGAGAUUGUUGGACAGUCUUCGAAACUCGAAAUUUGAACUCGUCUUCAGUGAAACUUUCGAUGCGUGUGCUCCAGGAAUUUGGGAGAUGAUUGGCAUAAAAAAUGUUGUUUUGGUAUCGGCUCUUGGGAUGAUGCCUCGUUUGUACGAAAUAACCGGAAUGUCUACAAUUCCUAGUUUCAUGCCAGCCGUACUCACACCGUAUUCGGAUAAGAUGACUUUCAUGGAGAGGAUGGUCAAUUUCAAUCUCGAAAUCUUCUUUCUGUAUUAUAAAUACACAUUAGACUAUAGGUUUUGGAAAUUAUUCAACGACAAACAUGCAGGAUUUCCCAGCUUUGAUCACAUAUAUUACGAAAAAACAGCGCUAAUAAUGACAAACGCAAAUGAAUUCGCCGAGACUGCUCGUCCUACAACGAACAUGAUACAGUACAUUGGUGGUUCCAAUCUGCAUGAUCCUAAACCGUUGCCAAGAGAUCUAAGCAAUUUACUUGACAAAAAUCCCACAAAUGUUCUUCUUUCAAUGGGCUCAUUAAUACAAUCGAAGGACAUGCCUGCAUGGUUGAAAAAUGACAUUAUUCAAGCCUUUGCUUCUUAUCCUAAUAUAACCUUCAUCUGGAAGUACGAAAGUGAUGACUACAGGGACGUCUUCGAGGCUCACCCGAAUAUACAACCUAUGAAGUGGAUUCCACAGAUAGAUCUUUUAGCUGAUUCGCGUCUCUCACUCUUCAUCACGCAUGGCGGCAUGAAUUCAAUGCUGGAGGCGAUGCACCAUGGAAAGCCAAUGAUUGUCGUUCCGUUGUUCGCAGAUCAGCAGAUGAAUGCAAAAACUGUAGAAAGAAGGGGUCUGGGUAUAGUACUAGCAAGGCAUCACCUUAACAGGGAGACGUUGACAGAAGCGAUCAAGCAGACACUGGAAAACAAAGUGAUUGCUCGUAAGUCAGCACUUGUCGCUUCGAUACUUACUGGAAGACCAAAACAAUAUCGCCAGGAUAUUGCGAGAUGGGCAAAAAUUAUCAUAAAACAUGGUCAAAUGGAUCAUCUACCACUGUAUUCGAGGAACAUGAAUUGGAUCCAGAAGAUUACGUCCAUAUAUGCAAUGACAAACUGCUUUGCCGGGAACUACAUCCUCAUCUUCAAGAUCUUUUCUGCAAUAUGGUGUAACCACAAAUGUAGUGCUUUGCGCCAGUUUUCCUCUCAAAGGGUUAUUUUAGUUUGUUUCUCCCUCGCAGGAUCACUGAUCAUUGCAUUCUAUGGAAUUAAAAUGUAUGGAGUAACGCAUGCUGGUGCUGGUGAUAGUGCACGCCUCAAUUUAAGUUUAAAAACCGGCCGUAGAAUGAACGGCGAGGCUGAGCCGCUGCUUCGUUUCGCUGAGGCUAAAAAGGUGCUCGGCGAGAUCUAUACCGAUUUAGGAAAACAUGUCGACGAAUUGGACGACGUUUACAGAGGUAUCGCCAUCCACUCUGGAGGAGAUACUGGAGAUUCCAAUGAAUCUAUUGUACCUGCUGAGCAAGCCGCUGAAAUAGAACUAUUUCGAGAAUCGAUACAGACUAUUAUGGAAACUUUUAGACGGGAUAACAUGAAAGUUGUCUUUUUUGGAAGGACAAGCAAUGGAAAAAGCACUACCAUUAAUGCCAUGCUUCAUGCGAAAAUUCUUCCACAAGGAAUGGGACAUACCACAUGCUGUUUCUUGCAGGUGCAAGGAUGUAACGAGGACGUUGGAUAUCUCUUGCUUGAGGAUAAUUCUACUCGUAUCUCCAUCGAUCAACUAAGCAAAAUUGGUCAUGCGCUAAGCAGCGACAAUUCUGGACUACCUGCUAUGGGACAGGAUUCGUUGUUGCGCGUGUUUUAUCCCAAAGGAAGAGGUGACGGUGAGAAUCGGUUGCUCCAGAACGACGUAGUGAUCCUAGAUAGCCCUGGUGUCGAUUUAUCCCCUGAAUUCGAUAGCUGGAUCGAUAAGCACUGCUUAGAUGCCGAUGUGUUCGUGCUUGUAUUGAACGCGGAGUCCACCCUCACUCAAGCGGAGAAGAGCUUUUUUCAUCGCGUUGCGAAGAAACUCAGCAAGCCGAACGUGUUCAUUCUCAAUAACCGCUGGGAUGCGAGUGCAUCAGAAUCUGAACAUGUGGAAGAUGUUAGGCAGCAACACUUGACUCGUUUCCGCCAAUUUUUAGUGAAUGAACUAGAAGUGGCGACAGAUCGCGAUGUGAAGGAUAGGAUUUUCUUCGUGUCUUCGCGAGAAGUGCUCGAUUCCCGCCUGAAAGCUAGGGGUCUCAUAAAAACCCCAUAUCAGAUGGAAGGACACCAAGUGAGAGCUAUGGAGUUUGAGAUGUUCGAGAGGCAAUUUGAGCAGUGCAUCUCUAGAGCAGCGAUUCGAACGAAAUUUGAAGCUCAUAAUCGCCGAGCGAACGAGAUAAUAGCGCGGAUGCGCGCGAAUGUGGACGUAGUUCAUGCGGCAGCUUCCAAGGCGAAACAGAUUCUUGAACAGAGUCUCCAGCACAGCACACAAGUGUUCAACGAUUGUCGUAUGAAUUUUGCACAAUUCGAACGUGCAUAUCGUGAGCAGACGGAACGACUGAGAGCCGAAGUUCACUUGAAGGUAUCUGCUGACUUCAGUGAGGAGAUAAUGAGGCUUGAGGCGAUCAUUGAUCGUUUCAACAUGCCAUUUUUGGAUACGUCGCAAGGAAUCAUUGAAUACAAAAAGGCCUUAGCUGAAUUCACUGAUAAAUGUGUUAGCUCUGACCUUGAAGCAAGAUGUACUGGAGGCUUAAUGUCAAGAAUAUGGAAUCUCGAGAACGAUAUGUUCCAAUAUGUGACAAAAAUCCUCGCUGAGCCAUACCAGCACAAACUGGAAGAAGUUUGGAAGUACAGAGCCCCGUUCAAAUUCAGUAUCUGCGUGGAUGCACCUGCCUUGACCAAAGACUUCCAUGAGGACCUUGAAUUCCGUUUUACGUUUGGUUUAUCUGCAAUCAUCCGUCGUAUAAUUGCGUAUCGGUCUGGCCAACCUGUCACUGCCAUCCAAACUAAUUUAUUGACUCCUAUGGCAUUAAGAAACGCGGGACGAAGUAAUGCGGAUCUUCAUAAUGAAGCUAUGCAAAAAGCUGUUGAGGAAAAUGCAAUGAUGACACAAAUGGUGCUAACAUCAGCGAGUUACCUUGCGAAUGGCAGCAUCGGGUUACUUGUUGUUGGUGGCAUCGUAUACAGAGCAGUCGGAUGGAGGGUGAUCGCUGUUACUGCUGCGGCAUAUGGUGGACUGUAUAUUUGGGAGCGUAUGCGAUGGAAUUCUCAUGCAAAAGAACAGCAUUUGAAAGAACAAUUCCGUUCACAUCUGGCCGCCCGUAUGCAGCAAGUUGGAGCAGCCCAUACCACUCACUGUGAAACACAGGCAAUGCGCGAAAUGGAUCAAGUCUUUGAUGGUCUUCGCGCGACCGUCGCUGGUGUUCACAGGGAAAUGAAGGAGGAAUUGGAUAAGAGUAAAAAGGAAAUCGAGAAUGUCGAUGGUACAUUAAAGAGCCUUGUAACGAUAAAAGGGAAAACUGCGUUUUUGUUGCGAAGUUUGGAGCAGUUUGCGACGAGUUUCCUACGUACUGACAGCCCAUCACCAUAG